CACUGGCUGCAUCACCGAGUCCCAGCCCAAGUGAGCUCAUGGGGCUCAGCUGGAUGCCGCGAGGUAGCGCAGACACGUAAUGAAGACAACUGUCACGGAAAGUCUAAGAGGGACGCUUGUUCCACGGACGGCCCGGACAAUGAAGAAUCGGCGUGCCACCCCCUCUCUCGCCCCCCAGCUGAUGCCAAGCGGGCGGCCGGCAGCCGGCAGAUGAAUAGCGGGUCUGUUCCAGCAGCUGCGCUUCCCGGUCCAGCGACGGGAGAGGCUCCGGGAGCGCAGAGUCCUCGGCUACUUGCGCCGUCCGUGGAGAGAGAGACCGAGGGCAAAAGGAUGGCCUCAGAAGGGGAGAGCAUCAACCUCCAAGGCAUGAAUCCUCAUCUCAGGAAUAAUGGUCCGAUGAACAUCAACCACUACGCAACGAAGAAGAGCGUGGCAGAGAGCAUGCUGGAUGUGGCGCUCUUCAUGGCCAACGUCACUCAGCUCAAAGCAGUGCUGGAGCAAGGGGCCUCCUUUCAGUAUUACGUCACCCUGAUCGUGCUCAUCAGCAUCUCUCUCUUCUUCCAGGUGGUGAUUGGGAUUCUCCUCAUCAUCAGUGCUCGUUUGAACCUGAAUGAUGUUGCAAAGCAACCACGCCUGAAUAUCCUCAACAAUGCUGCCACAGCUCUCAUCUUCAUCACGGUCAUCCUCAAUAUCUUCAUCACAGCCUUUGGGGUGCAGAAGACUGGCCUCUACCCUACCAGGAACUAUAGGGGUCCUUAUUAAGUCAUGGGGCAAGGGAGUCAGGAUAUGGGCAGCGCGACUGACGGGGGAAAGCUCUCCUCUAUAUUUUUACUGACCUCAGCAGAAUCCCGGCAUCCCAACGAAUCCAGAGAACUGGGUUAAAACUUUCAAAAUUGUACGUGUUUUGUUUCAUACAGGCUGUUUAGUGCUUUUGCACUUCUGCAUGGGUGAAAACCUACAUUGCUUUUCAAAGGUAGAGCAAACUUGGAGUGAUUUCUAGCGAGAGCUGUAGAAACAGCAGCAGGUACGCAAUUUCAAAGUACAGUUCUGUAAAUCUUUUCUCUUAUUUUAGUUGCUUGCUUCUCAUAUGCAAUAUUGCCUCAUUUUGUAGAGAAGCUUGAACAAUUUAUUUUAUAGGCUAAAUAAACAGAAAAUGGCCAGCUUUUUUUGUCUCAAGAAUAAUUUGCUUUAUUUAAAGCAAUGCUAUCCAAUAGAUUACAUCCAAAAUGUAGGAGUGGAUUUUUUUAAACUAAAAAGAAGUUUUCAUGGGAGGAUAAAAAAGUGUGCGUAUAUCAACACCGCUAAAAGGAGUUCAAAACGUUUUCCUAGCUGUUUAAAAAUAAAAUUAAAUGGGAAACAGUUAAGAAAACAAUCAAAUAUUUCCAGCACUGGAAAAUGAACAAUGACAGAAAACAGAUAUUAUGUUCUGAUGUCAUCAGCAGAGUCCUAUCAGGAAUACUGUCUGAGUAGCCUGAUAAUAUUUAGGAGGAAAAAAAAAAGAGAGAAACUCUUUAUACAUAAUGAGACACCCCAGGCUAAUUGCCACACUGAGAAAUAGCAGAUGCAUAAUGUAUUACUUUAUUUAAAAGUUCAGCAUUAUAAUUUAAGGUGUUACCAUUAACAUAAAUGUUUUAAAAUAUGUAAUUUUUAUAUUGCCAAUGUUGGGAAUUCUAUUGUAUUAGAACAUUUUUUUUUUCUUUAAAAAAAGACUAUUAGCAUUCAUGAACUUUAAAGGUUUUUUGGAAAGAUUUUGGGUCCCACAUUGAAAUUCUGUAGUCAUUCUGAAAAACUGGAUUAUUUUUAAUAGCAUGUUAUAAGCAUAUUUAAAUAGUGACAUGCUUUUCUGAUUAUUAAGUAAUUUUUCAAAGUAAGGCAGAAUCAGUGUUCAAUACAGAUAAUAUUUUGCAUACUGCCACUAAGAAAGAAAGGUCAUGAAGUUACGUGCAUACUGUUCUUCAAAAGCUAAUGGGAGUGGCUGACACUGCUAAAAAACAGAUAUGAGCAGAUUCUGUUUCCUCUAAAUUUGACUUUUCAGAAUUAAAUUUCUGUUUAAGUCACAGGUGGUGACUCUGGAUGACUUUGUGAAUGAUCUUUCAACAGUAGCUUACGGGUAAGACCUACAGGCUAGCAUCGGGUCCUCCACCACAAUCCUCAAACCACAGCGGCUUUUUUGCAGCUGAAGGAAAGGUGUGUAGAAAAAAUAGGGUGAAAAACAGCGGUUUUGUAUGUACUGGAAUUUUAAUUAGCAAAGUUUAGCACAGUUUAGGUCUGUUUGGUGAAUCAAGUAAAGACAUGGCCUCUCCCCAGACUGACAGCACGUCAGUGGAAACGUUUCUGAGACACCUCCAGGAUCCUGCUGUCCUCCAGGAUGAAGCUUCACUGUAGAGGCAACAAAACUUAAUUGCAGCCACUAGAAAAUCAUCAGUCAAGGGCUCGCAGCCACUACUCGCCCAACUGAGUUUAUGAAAAGAUAAACAAGUACGCAUCCCGUUUCACAGAAUCACAGAAUCACAGAAUCGUUCAGGUUGGAAGGGACCUCUGGA